UAAAAACUUAUCACUUUGUUUCUUAACCAAAUUAAAUAUCUGCCAUUUGUGCUUUUACGACCAGCUUUUAACUUAACCACAAAUGGUGAACUGGACAAUCACAGCACGACAUAACAUGCUAUGCUAUGAUCUCAUCUCGUGAUUUCCAACCAUAUUUUUCAAGACACGCUUCUUCCUUCACUUUCAAUUAUCUCACUUUCACUACACUCAAACACCGCGUUUGUGUCUACAAAUUAACCCACCUCAAAAAAUCUCUUAUCUUCAACUUUUUAAAACCUAAAUAACGCGUUUCCGUGACCGAAUCACGUUUCUAUAAAUCACGCCUCACGGAAACUAACUCAACUAUAUACUAAACUGAAAAACCUUCUUUCUCUCGGCGAAAGCCAUGGACGAUGAAGUGCGCAAGAUCUUCAACAAAUUCGAUAAGAACGGCGACGGGAAGAUCUCGCGCGCGGAGCUCAAGGAGAUGAUGCUGGCGCUCGGAUCUAAGACGACGUCGGAGGAAGUUAAUCGGAUGAUGGCGGAGGUUGACCAGAACGGCGAUGGGUACAUUGAUCUGAAGGAGUUCGGAGAAAUACACACCGGCCGUGGUGACGAUAGAGAGCUCCAAGAGGCGUUUGAGAUGUACGAUUUGGACAAAAAUGGACUGAUCUCGGCGAAGGAGCUGCACGCGGUUAUGCGGCGGUUGGGGGAGAAAUGUUCUCUUAACGAUUGCCGGAAAAUGAUCGGAAACGUCGACGCUGAUCACGAUGGUAAUGUAAAUUUCGAAGAGUUUAAGAAGAUGAUGAGUGGCUCCUAAUCUUAGUUAAAUGUAUUUUCCCUCUUAAUUUUAGUUUACUCAACCCUCUUAAUUUAUAUGUAGAGGCAUUUUCCGCUUUUAUUCUCGUAUUAGUAAGUGUUAUUUUCAUUUAAAAUAGGGGCGAGAAAAAAAUAAAUAAAUAGAAAGAACCUACUAUUCCCUGCACAUUGAAUGUUUCCCUAUACAUUAAAUGUUUCUAUGGAACAUUUUAUUCCCCAAUUUAAUACUACUCCUCACUUAUGAGGAUGGCACUUUAA